GCAGUGAAGACCGAAGGCAUCACUGUGAAGUAUACCGAGGAGCCGCGGGUGUCGGUUGCCUUCGUGGCUGCAGCAGACACAUCCACAGAGGAGCCGGAUGGCAACAAUGUGGUGGUGAAUGCCGUUGCUGCAAUUUUGGGUGUUCUUGCAGCAGCAGGCUGCGCAACGGCA